AGUCAUCCCUCUCCCGCUCUCUUCUUCUUUUUACAUCAUCGAUAUCGGGGAAGAAGAAGUUAUAGUUUCCUACAUUUUCUACUGACCACUUCACUGAAAUCAUGAACCGCGCCGGAAAUGCCAAGAAGCGACCACCGCCGGCGAAGCCUGCGCAGCCGCCACCCGCGGCGAAGGUGCAGGCGAUAGGACCGGAGGACGAUUUCGUCGACGAGGACGUGUUCCUCGAGGAAACCCUAAUAGCAGAAGACGAAGUGAACAUCAACCGCGAGUGGGGUAAGGAGUCGCUCGCCACUCACCUUGCGAAGUGGAAGCGCCCUGCGCUCUCAGCCGACUACGUUUCCCAGUCCAAAAGCAUCAUAGCGUUUCAGCAGCUGGAGCUGGAUUAUAUAGUUGGAGAGAGCCCUAAGGAAUUGGUGGGUAAUUGGUCGGGUCCUGCCCCAGUUAUUAGAAUCUUUGGGGUUACAGCAGAAGGUCACAGUGUGUGCUGCAAUGUUCACGGAUUCGAACCCUAUUUCUACAUCAGUUGCCCUCCUGGAAUGGGUCCUGAUGACAUAUCUCGGUUUCAUCAGGUCCUUGAGGGGAGAAUGAGGGAGCUCAAUCGGAAUAGUAACGUGUCAAAACUCAUUAGGAGAAUCGAGAUGGUACAAAAGAAGAGCAUCAUGUACUACCAACAACAGGACUCCAAUCCCUUUCUUAAGAUUGUUGUUGCUUUGCCAGCAAUGGUUGCCGGUUGUCGUGGUAUUCUUGACAAAGGAAUACAGAUAGACGGCCUGGGCAUGAAGAGCUUUAUGACAUAUGAAAGCAAUGUUGUUUUUGCUCUCCGUUUCAUGGUUGAUUGUGGGAUUGUUGGGGGAAAUUGGAUAGAAGUGCCUGCUGGAAACUAUAAGAAGACAGUCAAGAGCUUCUCCUAUUGUCAAUUGGAGGUGGAUUGCUUAUAUUCAGCAUUGGUUAGCCAUGCCCCAGAAGGAGAGUUCUCAAAAAUGGCUCCUUUCCGGAUAUUGAGUUUCGAUAUUGAGUGUGCUGGACGUAAAGGUCAUUUUCCAGAGCCUACUCAUGAUCCUGUUAUUCAGGUGGCCAACCUAGUAACCCUGCAGGGGGAGAGCCAACCAUUUGUGCGUAAUGUUAUGACACUAAAAUCAUGCUCACCUAUAGUUGGUGCGGAUGUGAUGUCUUUUGAUACCGAAAAAGAAGUGCUGCUAGCUUGGAGGGAUUUUGUCCUUGAAGUGGAUCCAGAUAUUAUUAUUGGAUAUAAUAUCUGUAAUUUUGAUUUGCCAUAUCUUAUCGAGAGAGCUCAAAGCUUGGGCAUAUCAGAAUUUCCAGUAUUGGGACGCAUUCGAAACAGCAGGGUUACAGUCAAAGAUGCGACUUUUUCAUCAAGGCAGUAUGGAACGCGAGAAAGUAAAGAAGUUGCUUUAGUAGGCAGGGUUCAGUUUGAUUUGCUUCAGGCUAUGCAAAGGGAUCAUAAACUGAGUUCUUAUUCAUUAAACAAUGUCUCAGCACACUUUCUUUCUGAGCAGAAAGAGGAUGUUCACCAUUCAAUAAUAUCUGACCUUCAAAACGGAAACUCAGAAACAAGGAGGCGGCUUGCGGUUUAUUGUUUGAAGGUGCUGGAUGCUUACCUCCCACAGCGCCUUCUGGACAAACUAAUGUAUAUAUACAAUUAUGUAGAAAUGGCUCGUGUUACUGGUGUUCCUAUAUCUUUUCUUCUUUCAAGGGGACAGAGUAUUAAGGUACUUUCUCAACUUCUGAGGAAGUCUAAGGAAAAGGGUCUUGUUCUUCCAAAUGUUAAACAGGCAGGAUCAGAUCCAGGAUCAACAUAUGAAGGUGCAACUGUUUUGGAUGCUAAAGUGGGAUUCUAUGAAAAGCCAAUUGCAACAUUGGAUUUUGCUUCUUUAUAUCCAUCGAUAAUGAUGGCAUAUAACUUGUGCUACUGCACUCUGGUGACUCCUGAAGAUAUUAAGAAGCUCAAUCUGCCUCCAGAAUGUGUCAAUAAAACUCCAUCGGGUGAAACAUUUGUCAAACCGAGCUUGCAAAAGGGAAUUCUUCCUGAAAUUCUUGAAGAACUAAUUGCUGCACGUAAAAGAGCAAAAGCAGAUUUAAAGGAGGCUAAAGAUCCAUUUGAGAAGGCUGUUUUAGAUGGCCGCCAACUAGCCCUCAAGAUUAGUGCGAAUUCUGUGUAUGGCUUUACAGGAGCAACAAUUGGCCAAUUGCCAUGCCUAGAGAUAUCCUCAAGUGUCACGAGCUAUGGUAUUCUAACUAAGACCGUCACUUCUAAACUUUCCGAGAAUCAAGUAGGUCGCCAAAUGAUUGAGCACACCAGAAAACUUGUGGAGGAUAAAUUUACCAUGAUGGGAGGCUAUGAGCACAAUGCUGAGGUUAUAUAUGGGGACACAGAUUCUGUUAUGGUACAAUUUGGGGUGGCUACAGUAGAAGAAGCAAUGAAAUUAGGAAGAGAGGCUGCUGAGCAUAUUAGUGGAACUUUCACCAAACCGAUCAAGUUAGAGUUUGAGAAGGUUUACUUUCCAUAUCUACUGAUAAACAAGAAGAGAUAUGCUGGCUUGUACUGGACGACUCCAGCCAAAUAUGAUAAAAUGGAUGCUAAAGGAAUUGAGACAGUCCGAAGAGACAACUGCCUUUUGGUUAAAAACCUGAUAACUGAAUGUCUGCAUAAGAUACUAAUGGACAGAGAUGUCCCUGGCGCAGUUCAAUAUGUAAAGAAUACUAUUUCAGAUCUUCUCAUGAAUCGUCUGGACCUGUCACUCCUUGUUAUUACUAAGGGUUUGACCAAGACUGGAGAUGACUAUGAAGUGAAGUCUGCUCAUGUUGAGCUUGCUGAACGAAUGCGCAAGGCUUUCCAAUCCCGUUUCUUUUCUGAUUCACAGAGAGAUGCUGCCACUGCCCCCAACGUUGGGGACCGAGUUGCUUAUGUCAUAAUAGAAGCUGCAAAAGGAGCAAAGGCCUAUGAGAAGUCUGAGGAUCCCAUAUAUGUGCUAGAGAAUAACAUUCCAAUUGACAGUAAAUAUUACCUCACAAAUCAGCUACAGAAGCCACUUCUACGUAUCUUUGAGCCGAUUUUGAAGAACGCCAAAGAUGAACUACUCAGCGGGGAUCACACCCGAAAUAUAUCGAAACCCAUUCCAUCCAGUGGGGGCAUUAUGAGAUUUGCAAAGAAACAACUCACCUGCCUUGGCUGCAAAGCAGUAAUAAAGGAUUCGGAGCGAACUCUUUGCACUCAUUGCCAAGGAAGAGAAGCCGAGCUGUACUGCAAGAGUGUUUCUCAAGUGGCUGAUCUAGAAUCCCUUUUUGGGAGGCUGUGGACACAGUGCCAGGAAUGUCAAGGCUCUCUUCAUCAAGAUGUGCUAUGCACUAGUCGAGAUUGCCCUAUAUUCUACCGGCGGAAGAAAGCACAGAAAGACAUGGGUGAAGCAAGGCGGCAGCUGGAUCGCUGGAACUUCUGAGCAUUGAGAGUAGACUGUUUGUAUGAGAGUUUUUGCUGCAGGUUGUUAAGUAGGUUCUGGAUUCUUUCUACCCCUUGUACCAUAGUUAGUAAAUACUCAGCUUAAUACGCGUAUUGCAGGCCCUUUUCUGUGUACCUAAAGAUGCAUUUAUGAUCUGCUUCGGAUCAAAGACACAGUAGAUAGCAGACGCUUCAGAUCAAUGAGAAGUAUCUUUCUGGAGAACUAUUCAUUUAUUCUGUUCUUUCUCCUGGGA